AGGGGUGUACGGGAAAGAGGGAGGAUCAGUGGACACCGGGAAAAGAGCGGAGUCAGUCUGGACUGUGGGAGGUCUAAUGAACACCGGUGUAGGCCAGUAGACGUGAAUUAGAAGCUCCCGGUUCCGCGUUUGAAGCAAUGAAAGUGGCUGUGGACACAAAGCGGUGAUAGGCCCCGGAUUGUUGCCGCCAUCUUUAUUGGGGACAAGAAGAAGCAGUGCGCAUGCUUCUUCCCGGGGUAUUAAUUGAGAAUAAUUUACAGAUCGGGACCCCAGAACAAGUUCUAAGCGUCAGCGUAGUCAUCAGGAUCUGAAUAUCAUUGGUAUUUAACUGUGGAAGGAAGAAGAUACUUCAAAUGAAACCACGUCCAGAUUUGACAGUGACUCUGUUUAUCAUAACCUAAUUACCUCAGGAUUUUGGACAUUGAAGAAAAAAGCACUGUUUACACUGGGGCGAAACAGGUAUUGUCUGUGUGUCGAAGAAUCUUUGACGAUUCAUCGGAAAUGUCCAAAUGCCAGCGCAGUCACACUGGGAAGAGACUGUGGAAAUGUGAGGAUUGCGGGAAGGGAUUUCUUUACCCAUCCCAGCUGGGAAGCCACCAGCACAGUCACACAGGGGAGAAGCCAUUCACUUGCUAUGUGUGUGGGAAGGGAUUCACACGGUCCUCCAACCUGCUGAUGCACCAGCGAAUUCACAGUGGGGAGAGACCAUUCACCUGUUCUGAAUGUGGAAAAGGAUUCAUUCGCUCUUCUCAACUACUGGAACAUCAGCAAGUUCACACCGGAGAGAAACCAUUCACCUGCUCUGAUUGUGGGAGGGGAUUUAGCCAAUCAUCCAAUCUGCGAACACAUCAGCGAGUUCACACAAGAGAGAGACCAUUCACCUGCUCCCUGUGUGGGAAAAGAUUCAGACAGUCAUCCCACCUGCGGAGACACCAGCGAGUUCACACUGAAGAGAGACCAUUCACCUGUUCUGAAUGUGGAAAAGGAUUCAUUCGCUCAUCUCAACUACUGGAGCAUCAGCGAGUUCACACUGGAGAGAAACCGUUCACCUGCUGUGAUUGUGGGAGAGGAUUUACUCAAUCUUUCAACCUGCUGAGACACCAGCGACUUCACACUGGGGAGAGACAUGCACUCAGUUAACUAACGUACUGAUACAACAGCCUGUUCAGUCUAUGGAGAGACUGUUCACUUGUUUCUUAUGUGGGAAGGGAUUCACUCUUUCAUCCAAACUUAACUCAGUGAAGUAAUACUGGGUCGAUCCCAUAAUGUUUUGUGUAAAUGGCUUUGCUGUUUGCGAACACACCAGCAAAUUCACAAGAAACCACAGGCGAAGGGUUUUGCUUUUCUUCAGACCAAGGAAUGCAAAUUGGUCAUUGGGCCAUUUAUAUUGAUGUUAUUAAAUCUUGCUGUAUUAAAGUUGCUGAUGGUGCAGAUAAAAUGUUGAUACAAUUGUGUAUCUGGAGCAUAGGUUUUGAAAAAGAUCACAAUGUCGCUGUACAUCAAAACAUUUAUGUUGGGUAAAGUGAUUUUUGUGGUUCAUCAGGAUUGGGUAAACAGCAGUAAGUUCCCUAGUAAUUGUCAGCAUUGAAAUUUGAUGCUCCUGUUAUCUGUAUCCAAACCAUGCUUCUGAUGUUUUUUAAAUACGACAGAUUUAGUUGCCUAUUGGGGAUAAAAAUAAUACUUUUUGUUAAAACGA